AUGAACGGGUCGAGUGACGCUUGCGCCACGGAGAGAGAGGGCCUGAAGCAGGAGCUUGAGAAGCAGCUGCACUCCAUCUUUCUGGUGCAGCGCUCCAUCGUGGAGCAGGUACUGUACCAGCGCUUGAAAAAAGACCUGCUGCGCAAGAUGCGCCGCAAGAAGCGCGAGCUUGACGUCAAAGAGAAGCUGCGCAUGCUUCACGGGGCCAUGGCAGACUACGACUCUCAGGUGGAAGAGCUUCGGCCGCUCUUCGUCAGCAACACGGAAAGGGACAGGGCCGAAAAGAGGCUAUCUGAGCUCCAAUGGGGUAUUGGAGACACAGCAGAGGGAAAAGAGAUGAAGCAGCGGUGGAAGAUGGAAAGGUUACGAAGAGCGCCAACACGCCAGUCCAGGGACAUCUCCAUCUCCUUGUCCCCGGGUAUGCGGCUCAUGUUGCGACCGUCUGGGCUGGGAAACUUUCAGCUCUUCUCUCGCCGCAAGGUUGGACCGAACCAGAAUCCCAAUGAGGUUGCCUUGGGCAUCCACAACGAUGGAAAGUCCCUGCCAGUUAUCAAAUUCCAGCCGACCAUUGCGAUCGAGCUGAGCGCAAGCUGUGUUGCCGCAGGUGUCGCUCGCUUUUCCUGGCCCAAGCCCUCUCGCAGCAAGCUCCGGGCAAGUGCCUUCGCUGCCAUGAAUGCGGAGGACCUGGAAGGCCUCCCCGUGAGCUCCGGGGGCCAUGUUCUCAGCUGCGAGGAGAUAACCUGCCUCCAGGCAGGCCUCGCUUUGCUCAAGGCAACUGAGAAGAACCCAGUGAUCCAGUUCUGGGGCAAGAUCCUUGGGAAGGAGCGGGACUACUUCAUAGCGUGCGAGAUUCGGGACCUGAAGCCUGCGUAUCCAAACAAGCGCUUCUUCUAUGCCGGCGAGGACUUCAAGUUCAAGGCCAUGCCGGACCUGUCCGAGGAGGUUGGUGAAGCCGUCUCCAUGCUACAGUUGACCACUCCGCUGACUGGCGACCCCAGUGCAUUGCUGGAAUCGGUGGCAGGUGUGGAGCCCAAGGCAGGGCCAGCACUGACUGAGCUGGACAGGCUCGCGCUGCUAGUCCAGGAGAUCGACUUUGACACUGCAACAGUGCCUAAAGGCGCCUACUCGCUGAAUGAGGCGCAGGUGGUUGUUCCGAACAGCGCCUUCCGAGGCCUCGAGCCUGCGAAGGCUACUUUGUUGGAGAACUACGUGCACUUCAGACCCCCCGCAAGCGUCGUGAGCCUGAAGGCGCAGGCUUCAAACGAUUUGGAGUUCCAGAGCAACUUUCUGGAUUCUCUUGCCGACGACUUGCCGAAAGGGUGCUGGGCAGUGCGGCAGGAGCCAGAGAAGAGCGGCUUGGUCACUUUGCGUUCGCUGAUGUGGCCAGGUUACUCAGCGUUUCACGUGCCUGGCACUGGCAAGUUUGGCAGCGUGUACUUCGGCUACGCUUCCAAGAUCACUGACUUGGCCUUCCUGCUCUGA